GUUGAAAAAUAAGUAGGCGUGUUUCUUUGGAAGAGUUGUCUUUCAUUCCUCUGAGCUGAAGAUAUGGGAAGAUUAGACGGGAAAAUAGCUGUGCUCACAGCAGCAGGGCAGGGAAUAGGUAGAGCCACAGCUUUGGCUUUUGCUAGAGAGGGCGCAAAAGUAAUUGCAACCGACAUUAAUGCAGAUUUGUUAAAGAAAUUAGCAGAAGACUGUCCAGGAAUUGAAACUAGAGUUCUUGAUGUGACAAAAACAGAAGAUGUCAAAGCUUUUGCUGCCACUGUGGAGAAGAUAGACAUUCUGUUUAAUGUCGCUGGGUAUGUUCAUCAUGGAACAAUACUUGAGACUGAUGAAAAAGCCUGGGACUUCUCCUUUGAUUUGAAUGUCAAAAGCAUGUGGAGAAUGUGUACCCAGUUUCUUCCAAAGAUGAAGCAGCAGAAGUCUGGAGCCAUUCUCAACAUGUCAUCUGUGGCCUCUAGUAUACAUGGUGCCCCUAAUCGGUGUGUGUAUGGGUCCACUAAAGCUGCUGUGAUUGGUCUGAGUAGAGGUAUAGCUGCCGACUUUGUGGGGGACAACAUCAGGUGUAAUUCUAUUUGUCCAGGUACAAUUGACACUCCUUCCCUACAAGGUCGCAUAGAAGCACAGGCAGAUCCCCAAAAGGCAAGAAAGGACUUUGAAGCAAGACAGAAAACGGGCCGGUUUGGGACCCCAGAGGAAGUGGCUAACCUGGUGGUAUAUCUAGCAUCGGAUGAGGCUGUGUAUGUAACAGGAAAAGAGUAUGUCAUUGAUGGUGGAUGGAGUAUUUAGAUGACGUCGGCCAAACCCAAAUAUCCAUGCGGAUAAAGCAGAAAUCCUCAAUACUUGUACAUAUACCAAUACAUGUAGAACUUAUCUCUAAAAUCUUAGGGUUAAGAAUGAUUAUUUUGCACUGUGAUUGAUGUAAUGAACAAAAUUUGAAGUGUGUUAGAUUGAUGUAAUACAUGUUCUAUGAUCAACAAUUUACCUCAAUAUUAACAUUAUGGUUGUAUAUGUAAUCAGGAACAGUAUUAUUACAAAAAUGGUUGUUUUCCUUUGCAUUAAUAUUACAUUUCAUAUUCAAGGAAGUCUUCAGUGGCAAACAUAUUUAUAUUUUUGCCUUCAACAUUAUUAUAUUAUGCAGUUUAUUUUCAAUGAACAAAUUGUUUUUUUAAUUAUUAGAAUUAUACACUUAUAUAGUUUUAUCUAUUUACAGUACUUGUAUGUAGAUUAUUUUUACAAAUGAUGCACUUUGGGUAAAAUUAUCAAUAAAUCAAUAUUUUUGGA